AUGCCGCCGCGCCCGCGUCCGCGCGCCCGCGUGCUGACGGCCAACAGCGCCGCCAGCGCCGCCGGCAGCCCGCCGCCCGACCUCGGCCUGUUCGAGCCCAUCUCCACCGGCUCGUCGGCCAGCACGAGCCAGAGCGUCGUGCUUGCCUCGUCGUGGCAGCAGCCGAACGGCGCUGCAGCCGAGGGCAGUCGUGCGCGCGCACGCGUGCCGUCGCCCAUCAACCUCAUCUCCUCGCCGGCGGCCUCUUCUUCCGCCGGCCCGUCCGCCAGUCCAGAGUCGAGCGCGCAGAGCGGCAUGCGCGGCAGCACGUCCAUGUCGCCCGAGCACUCCGGCACCAUCUCCACUUUCCGGGCGCUCGGCUCGCCUGUCAAGGCGUCAGCGCCGCGCCGUCCCACGUCGCAGGCCGCAGCUCGCGAGGCGGCGCGCAAGCAGCGUCUGGCAGAGGCGGCGGAGCGCGAGGCGGCGCAGGACGACUUCUUCACGAAGCGCCGUAAGAAGGUCGUGCCUGUCGUCGCUAGCGACGAAAGCCAGCCGAGCAACCGCGGCGAGGAGACGGCCUCGAGCGCCUCUGAUGAUGGAGACAGCUCCCCGCGCCGAAAGAAGAAGAAGAAGACGGCGUACACGCUGCCGAGCUGGGCCAAGCACGGUGCGCCGCCUCGCGCUCUCAGUCCGUCAGAGGAGGAGGAGGAGGAUCUCGACGGCGACACGACCGUGCGUGCGACCGCUCGUCAUCGUCGCCGAACGCAGCGUGCGCGUGUCAGCGGCUCUCUCACUCCGCCGCCGGCGGGCGACCGCGAGAUGCUCGAGCAAGCUCGGCGCAUCAUCAGCGACCAGCUCACGAUCAAGAGCGUCGACGCGGCGCCCUCUUCUCCGCGUGCCGCGCGUCUUCGCAGCAUCACGCCCUCUCGUCGCGCUCUCGGCGAUGACUCGGACGGCGUCGCAGAUGAAGCCGCUCCACGCGUGCUCGAGCCUGAUCUGGCGCUUCUCUACCGCGGCCCGCAGGCCGCCGAGAUCCGGCGUCGCGCGGAGGAAGAGGAGCAGCGCCGACAGGCGAGGCGUCGCGCAAGGCCCGCCAAGAUCGCCGCGGCCGCCGCUCCGGCAGCCAGAGCGCCGGCGCUGGCGCCGGCCACAUCGUCCGACUCUGACGAGGUCGAGUUUCUGCCGGCGCCGCCGCCGCCGCAGCCGCAGCGGCGCCGCAGCGCCUCUACUGCGCGUGCGCGUGCGCCUCAAGCAGACGAGGAGCGUGCACCUCGAGCAGACGAGGACGACUUCGAGAUCGUCGGCGUCGCACCUUCGCAGCGAGUUGCCGCCGCCGCCGCCGCCGUCGCCGCCGCCGCAUCGUCUUCGCAGCAAGUUGCCGCUGCCGCCGCAUCGUCGCAGAACGUCGAGCACAUCAGCAUCACGCUCCGCGGCGGCUGCGAGGGCAAGUUGGAGCUGCCCGUGCGCGUCAAGCCGACGACGACGAUUGGCACGCUUCUCGAUCACGCGCUGAAGACGUGGAGCGAGCAGAAGCAACGUCGCGCGCGCAUUCUCUACGACGGCGAGACUCUUGCUCGCACCGAGACAAUCAGCGGCGCGGGCAUCGAGGAGGACGAGUACCUCGAGGUGCGCUGGUAG